CGGGCGGCGCCUCCCGCAGCGCGGCCGACGCGGCUCUUUCCGUCGCUCGCCGCCGCCGCAGCAUGAGCGGGCCGGGGCUGCUGGGGCCCGGCGGCGGGUCGGGGCUGCCGCCGCUGCCCAAGAGCUUGAGCGGGCUGCUCAACUCCUCCUCCUCCGGCGGCGGCGGCCAGGGCGGGCGUUGGCGGGACCUGGAGCGGCUCUACGCGCAGAAGUCCCGCAUCCAGGACGAGCUGAGCGGCGGCGGCCGGGGCUCGCCGCGGCCCCCUAAGCCUCCCAAUCUGGACGCGGCGCUGGCCCUGCUCCGCAAGGAGAUGGUUGGCCUUCGGCAGCUGGAUAUGUCACUUCUGUGUCAGCUGUACUCCCUGUAUGAAUCCAUUCAAGAAUAUAAAGGUGCCUGCCAAGCUGACUCUAACGCGGACUGCUCAUAUGCUCUGGAAAAUGGCUUUUUUGAUGAAGAGGAGGAAUAUUUCUAGAAGAAAGAAGGCUGCUCUAGAGUCAUUGACCCUACUCUCCCUACAUAUGCUAAGUCACCAAGAAUGACUGGAAUCUCUACAGAUGGAUCUCUUCUUGAGGAGGAGCACCCAGCUACCCUAACUUGCAUUCAGUUCACUUAAUUCUAACAUGCUGUCAGCACAAGUUACUCAUGCAAAUACCACUUGACAAAAGUGCUGUACUGUAACUUCUGAAGAGUCCUCCAACAUGUUUGACAAGAGUUUUCAAUGUAAUUUGCAAGGUGGGUGUUUUCAGCUUACGAACACUGAUAGCUUAUAACUGGAAUUUUAAUCAUAGAAGACAGUAAUGACUUCCUGAUCUGUAGUAACUCCUUGGGGUGGGGGAAGCCUCCGCUGUGGUGUAAAUAGCUAAAGGUGAUUUUGUUCUGUCAACAGUAUUGAUAAAUGCAGUUUGAACAGGCAUCUGGAUGCACGCACAUCCUCAGCUCUACUAAGCUAGUUCCGCUCUUAUCAGCUGCAUCCAGUUUUGUACUGGGUGGAUUGUUUACACAGUUUAUUUUUUUUUUCUUAAGCUAAUUUUGACUUCCUUAUAGCCAGCUUACCAGCUGUACAUGUGAUACUGAAUGCUAUCAGCAGGUUUUUUUUUCUGUUGAUCUAAUUCACUUUCUUGGUACUGCCGUUUGGCGUUAACUUUUAUACACUUGUCUGGAUUUCUUGCAAAACAGCUCUUUGACCUGCUAAACUCUGUUCUAAAACGGUUUGCUUGGCUUUUACUGUACUGAGGAGUAAAAGCACAGAAUCAAACAUAGUCUGUCUGCCACUGUGUGGCUUGGAAUAACGUGAACUCUUGCAAGUGUUCUGGAUCAUAUGAAGAAUAAGGAAACCUCUCAUAUGACAAAAUGGGACAAAUUGCAAUAUUUUGUAUGGGGUGAACUUUGUUUCUGUAAGGUAGACUACAGCUCUUUUUAAAAACGCUAAAUGAAUAUUUUGAGCACAUACUUUGCAUACGUUCAGACUUUUUAUACUAACUUGUUCUUUGAAGUAUAACUUAUUUUUGUUUUCAGAACUUAAAGCACUUGAUUUUUCUUCCUAAAACUUCAUAGCAUGUACCUGUAACUCAAUUAGCGUGGAAUACACACGUUGCCAACUAUCUUACUCUUCCCUCAUUUCUCUUUUAAGUGAAAUCAGCUCCUGCCAUGAUUCUCAUUUCUUAACUUUCAUUUUACAAAUGCUGUAAAUCACAGUGCCUGGCUCGUGACACAAGCUAAUAAUAAGGGCUCAAAGCUCAAGGGGUUUUUGCAUGGUUUACGUCUGGCAUGCAUACAGUUUACAGAAUGAAUUGGAAAUCAAUUUCUGGAGUAGCUACUCUCUUAGUUUUUUUUAGCAAACACUAGGAUGUUGCAGUGGUAAAAGCAAGGAGACCUUCAGGGUGGGGGUUUUUGUGCGUUACCUCUAAAAGUGGUUGAUUUUAGUGGAAUUUAAUGGCCACAAGAGUAAAGACUGUGCUGUCAUUGUGUAUGUGUUUAAGCUCUUAAACUAGUCUGUGAAAAUUGCUGGAUUUCUUUUUGUUAAUUCUGGUCUAAUUACUACACUCACACAAAACUAAAAUAAAUGAUAAGUCAGAUGCAAAUAAUCCAAAUGGCUACACCUGUAUUUCUGUGCGUGUAUGUGCUGUGUAUAUGUACACACAUACACGUGCACGCAACUUGAUGCUUUGACCUAGGAAUGUAUCAGCUUUGAAUAUAAUUUGCUGUGCUUUUGGUAUUUAUAUGAGGCUUUUUCUAGUCUGUUGAAAUACUGCUAUUUUCUUGCUUUUUCUUGAAAAAUAAAAAGCACGGUGUUUAGCAGAA